GAGCCAUGCGGAUUAACCUUACUUUCUUGGCUUUGCUUUGCGGAUUUUUCUGUCCAACAAAGGUUUAUGGACAUGUUACGAAACCAAACAUAUCUGUAAAACGUCUUACAAAGAUAGGAGGAUUCAGAAUUAAUCAGGAAUUGUGCCUUUUCACACCUAGUUAUGGAACAUGCAAGAAGUUCAUUAGGGUUUUUGGCUACAACCUUAUGACCAAUAGAUGCACCGAGUACCUAUAUAGCGGUUGCGGUGGGAAUCCAAAUCGGUUUGCCACUGAUAGUCAGUGUCGGAACGCGUGUUUUGUGGUUCGUAAGAGGAUUACCGUUUCCGAACCAGACUACUACGCAGAUGAAGAAGUCACAGAACCAAUUAGAAAAAAAGGAUAGACCUUGGUUUUACAGUAUUAAAACAACAUAUGAUUUUUCAAAACAUAUUUCAUUUGACAAUGGUAAUUGAAUGAAAUUAAAUAAAAAUUAACA